AGCUAAUUUAUUUUGAAAGGCUCAUGGGCGGGCUCGUUUACUUCCGCGUUCAGUGUGGUUCCUAUGGUAACCAUUGCAAACACAUGCCUUACGUUUGCUUCGUCUUCGUGUGAAAAGUGUAUUUGCCGAAGUUUUAAAAGGUCUAAAAAGUUGUAAUGGCCGCCCCGGAGCCUUCUUCUGUGAACCACGAGCCUCCCAUCGACGUCCUGACCGUGUUCAGCGGCUCUUCCCCGGAGGACGUAUCGCACGCCCGGAAGCUGUGGAGCUCCUUGUGCAUGGUGCCCCCGCUGGAGUCCCGCCUGGUGUCGGCGGACAUCCCGCAGAGGUUACCGGUGUCCCGGCCGGGGCGAAACGUCCACUCGGAGCCCUACAUCCCGGAGCCGCCGAACCCAGACGCGGUGCAGCGGCGGCUGGAGGAGCGGCAGAAGUACAUGUCCAUGGCCGCCCAGAGGAAGGAGACCCUGGCUCUGUUACGAAGGCAAAGGGAACAGAGGAUCCAGAAGGAGCUGCUGUCGGCGGCCUUCAGGCCCAAACCCCCUAAAGACAAAGUGUCCCAGGAUGAGACCUCAGAGGCGGACAUGGACAAGGAGCUGGUCAGACAACUUGACUGACCCACACAGGUGGUACUGCAUCAAAAUGCGACAUCAGUGUGUAAAGGAUAUCACCACAUGGACUCAGGAACACUUCAGAAAACCACUGUCAGUAACUACAGUUCGUCGCUACAUCUGUAAGUGCCAGUUAAAACUCUACUAUGCAAAGUCAAAGCCAUUUAUCAACAACACCCAGAAAUGCCGCCAGCUUCGCUGGGUCCAAGCUCAUCUAAGAUGGACUGAUGCAAUUGAAUAUAAGUUGUAAAGGAUUUGCAAAUCAUUGUAUUCUGUUUUUAGUUACGAAUUACACAACGUGCCAACUUCACUGGUUUUGGGUUUUGUAGAAGUUUUGGAUUUCA